AUGCAAGAGGAACGUUUCCAGGCAUUACAAGACGCAGUCCUUUCCUUCAGGGCAGAUAUGGCCACCCUCCGCACAAAUGUUAUGACUACACUACGAGACAUAUCCAGUCAGAUUUGGGGUUCACUCCCUGCCAGACCGUCCCAGUCUGUUGGCUUGUUACCUGUGAUAUAUAAGGAACAUACAAUGUCUGAGGAUUCAAGUGAGGUGGCUGUUGCACAAAUGAAUCACCUUAUCAGAGAGGAAGAAUACUUGGAUGAGACCAAAGCUGGGAAAUGGAUAACCACUUUGAAUGAGGCCACUUUGGACUCGUUUGAUCCAAUUGAGAGGAUUAAAAAAGGGUUUAUGCAAUUCAAGACCAACGAAUUCGACCAAGAUCCAAAAUAUUACAGUCAACUUGCAGAAGCCCAGGACCCCAAGUUUUUAGUGUUUGCAUGCUCAGACUCUCGAGUCUGCCCAUCUCGAAUCCUAAACUUUCGGCCAGGGGAAGCCUUCAUGUCCCGAAGCAUUGCUAAUUUGGUCCCUGAAUUUAACCAGGUUAGAUAUUGUGGAGUUGGUGCAAUCAUCGAAUAUGCACUCACGUCUCUUCAGGUGGAGAUUAUUCUGGUCAUAGGGCACAGUCAUUGUGGUGGAAUUAAGGGUCUUAUGUCUGAUGAAACAACCUCUAAUGACUUCAUAAAUGACUGGGUCAAAAUUGGCUUACCGGCUAAGGCCAAGGUGAUAUCAGAGUCCGGCGAUUUAUCAUUUGACGACCAAUGCCAUAUUUGUGAAAAGGAGGCAGUGAAUUUGUCAUUGGUGAACCUAUUAACUUAUCCAUAUGUGAGAGAUGGAGUAGCUAACAAAACUCUACAAUUGAUGGGUGGACAUUACGACUUUGACAACGGAACUUUUAGCCUCUGGGGUCUCGACUUCGGCUUCAAACCCACUCUCGACUUCGGCUUCAACUCGCCUCUGGAAAUUUGA